CCCUACUGCCCUCUGCCAGGUCUUAAGACCAUUGUGGGAGCUCUGAUCCAGUCAGUCAAGAAGCUUUCCGAUGUGAUGAUAUUGACUGUAUUCUGCUUGAGUGUCUUCGCUCUGAUCGGACUCCAGUUGUUCAUGGGGACCUUGAGACACAAGUGUGUAUUCUGGCCACCGGAUCCCUUAUAUUUUAACAUGACGGACGAGAAUGGAACCAGGCUGUUCAAUUUCCAGGAGUACAUCAUGAACGAUACAAACUUCUACAAGAUGGAGGGAUUCAAAGACCCUUUACUGUGCGGGAACGGCACAGACGCCGGAAAUUGCCCGGAAGGUUUUACCUGUAUGAAGGCGGGCAGGAAUCCCGAUUAUGGCUACACCAGCUUUGACACCUUCGGGUGGGCUUUCCUGACAUUGUUUCGGCUCAUGACGCAAGACUUUUGGGAGAACUUAUACCAACUGACGCUGAGGGCGGCCGGCAAGACCUACAUGAUUUUCUUCGUGCUGGUGAUCUUCGUGGGCUCCUUCUACCUGGUCAACUUGAUCCUGGCCGUGGUGGCCAUGGCUUACGAGGAGCAGAACCAGGCCACGCUGGAGGAGGCCGAACAGAAGGAACUAGAGUUCAAGCUGAUGCUGGAACAGCUGAAGAAACAGCAGGAAGACGCCCUGAUAGCUGCGGCGGCUGCCACCUCGGCGGGCACGGUGUCGGAAGACGCCCUGGAUGAGGAGGGCGAGGGCAGGAUGUCCCAAAGCUCCUCCGAGCUGUCCAAACACAGCUCCAAGAGCGCCAAGGAGAAACGGAACCGAAGGAAGAAACGCAAGCAGUUCAAGGAGCAGUUGGAGGGAGAGGAGAAGGGCGACCACGAAAAGAUAGUCAACUCGGAGUCAGACUACGGGAUGGAUAGAAGAAGUCGCCAUUUCACCAACGAAUCCCGUUUUCCGUUCGGGAAGAAAUAUUCCAUGAACCAGUCCCAGCUCAGCAUCUCGGGAUCUCCCAACCUGACCCGGUUCGAGAGCAAGAGCAGCAUCUCCAGCAUCCGCGAGCGCAAGGACCCGGGAUCGGACACGGAAUUCGCCGACGACGAGCACAGCACGGUGGAGGAGAGCGACGUCUACAGGAAGAACUCUCUCUUCGUGCCCAUCAUGGAGUCCAACAGGAGGAACAGUUACAGCGGGCACAGCCAGACCAGCAAGUCCUCCAAGAUCUUCCCCGUCAUUCCGGUCAACGGGAAGAGGCACAGCACGGUCGACUGCAACGGUGUGGUGUCGCUUAUUGGUGGGCCGGGUUCCACACUCCCCAGUGGACGACUCUUGCCUGAGGCCACGACGGAGGUGGAGGGUAAAAAGAAGCACUCUGGCUCUCUCCUGGUGUCCAUGGACCAACUCAAUGCAUCCUUCGGGAGAAAAGACCGAGCCAACAGCGUCUUAAGUGUCCUGACCAACACCUUGGAAGAGCUUGAAGAAUCUCAGAGGAAGUGUCCACCUUGCUGGUACAAGUUUGCCAACACCUUUCUGAUCUGGGAAUGUUGUCCCACCUGGCUGAAGAUUAAGGAGAUUAUGAACAUCAUUGUGAUGGAUCCUUUUGUAGACCUGACCAUCACCAUCUGUAUCGUCCUCAACACCCUCUUCAUGGCCAUGGAGCACUACCCAAUGACACGGCAGUUUGAGGACGUGUUGAGCGUGGGAAACCUGGUCUUCACAGGGAUCUUCACGGCUGAGAUGAUGAUGAAGCUGAUCGCGAUGGACCCUUACUAUUAUUUCCAGGAAGGAUGGAACAUAUUUGACGGCUUCAUUGUGUCGCUGAGUUUAAUGGAGCUCUGUCUGUCGAACGUGGCUGGGUUGUCUGUGCUCCGAUCCUUCCGAUUGCUGAGGGUCUUCAAACUGGCCAAGUCGUGGCCAACGUUGAACAUGCUGAUCAAGAUCAUCGGCAACUCGGUGGGGGCACUUGGCAACCUGACCCUGGUGUUGGCCAUUAUCGUCUUCAUCUUUGCCGUGGUUGGCAUGCAGCUGUUCGGCAAGAUGUACAAGGACUGCGUGUGCAAGAUCAGCGAGAAAUGUAUCCUGCCCCGCUGGCACAUGAACGACUUCUUCCACUCCUUCCUCAUCGUCUUCCGGGUCCUGUGCGGGGAGUGGAUCGAGACUAUGUGGGACUGUAUGGAGGUGGCCGGGCAGGCCAUGUGCCUGUGCGUCUUCAUGAUGGUCAUGGUCAUCGGCAACUUGGUGGUGUUGAACCUCUUCCUGGCUUUGCUGCUGAGCUCGUUCAGCGCAGACAAUCUAGCGGCCACUGAUGAUGACGGUGAGAUGAACAACCUCCAGAUCUCGGUGAUUCGCAUCAAGACGGGCAUUGCCUUCAUAAAGGCUUACGGGCGGGAGUUUGUGCAGAAGCACUUCAAGAAGAAGGAUGCAGACGAGGCCAAACCCUUGGAUGAUUUCGUGGACAAGAAGGGGAACUACAUGGGCAACCACACGGGCGCAGACAUCAACCGGGAGAUGGACUACCAGAAGAACGGCAACGGGACCACCAGCGGAAUCGGCAGCAGCGUCGAGAAGUACAUGAUCGACGAGGACCACAACUCCUUCAUCCACAACCCCAACCUGACCGUCAGGGUGCCCAUUGCCGUGGGCGAGUCCGACUUCGAGAACCUCAACACCGAGGAUUUCAGCAGCGAGUCCGACAUUGAAGGCAGCAAAGAGAAACUGGACGACACGAGUUCCUCUGAGGGAAGCACAAUUGACAUCAAGCCAGAAGGAGAGGGAGAACCUCCAGUAGAGCAACCAGAGGAAUAUCUGGAUCCCGAAGCCUGUUUCACUGACGGCUGCAUCCGUCGCUACAAGUGCUGUCAGGUCAGCGUAGAGGAUGGUUGGUGGAAACGCUGGUGGACGUUGAGAAAGACUUGCUUCCUGAUCGUGGAACACAACAUUUUUGAGAGUUUCAUCAUCUUCAUGAUCCUGCUCAGCAGUGGAGCUCUGGCAUUUGAGGACAUCUAUAUUGAGCAGCGGAAGACGAUCAGAAUCAUCCUGGAUUCCGCAGAUCAGUGCUUCACGUACAUCUUUAUCAUCGAGAUGUUGUUGAAGUGGACGGCCUAUGGUUUUCAGAAGUACUUUACUAAUGCCUGGUGCUGGCUGGAUUUCCUCAUUGUCGAUGUAUGUAUCCACACAUCCCUGCGGCCCCUUUACCCCCUGCGAUCUCAGGGGAAGACUGUUGCGUCUUAA